AUGCAGGUGCGCUUGAUAGGGUAUUGCGUUGAGGGUUCUCUUUUCCUGGUCUAUGAAUACAUUGAAAAUGGCAACUUAAGCGAACAUUUGCAAGGAUCAGGGAGGGACCCACUGCCUUGGUUGACUAGAGUGCAAAUUGCCCUAGAUUCCGCAAGAGGACUUGAAUAUAUCCAUGAGCAUACUGUUCCUGUCUAUAUCCACCGUGAUAUUAAAUCAGCAAAUAUUCUGAUAGACAAAAACUUCCACGGGAAGGUUGCAGAUUUUGGCUUAACAAAACUCACUGAAGUAGGAAGUACAUCAAUGCCCACACGUCUUGUUGGUACAUUUGGAUAUAUGCCACCAGAAUAUGCUCAGUAUGGCGACAUUUCUCCUAAGGUAGAUGUGUAUGCUUUUGGGGUUGUUCUUUUCGAACUAAUAUCUGCCAAAGAAGCCAUUGUCAAAGAAAAUGAUUCUAUUGCUGAAUCGAAGGGCCUUGUUGCUUUGUUUGAGGAAGUUCUUCAUCAGCCAGAUCCUGGAGAAGACCUUUGCAAACUGGUUGACCCUAGGCUUGGAGAUAAUUACCCCCUCGACUCAGUCCGCAAGAUGGCUCAGCUUGCUAAAGCCUGCACGCAUGAAAAUCCUCAACUGCGGCCAAGUAUGAGAUCUAUUGUGGUUGCUCUAAUGACUCUUUCAUCCACAACAGAGGAUUGGGAUGUUGGCUCUUUCUACGAAAACCAAGCUCUCACCAAUCUAAUGUCCGGGAGGUAGUACCAAGAAAGUUCCAUUGUACUCAAACUUUUUAUGCCUCGCACGAGUUUCUUUGCAUGUGAAACAUAUCGAGAUUGAGCUGUUCAAGAAUCUCAAACCAUAUAUCCUUUGUAUAUUGAAGUUUUGCAUGUAUAUAAAUUGAAUUUUUUUU